AUGCCAUCAGACCAAGAAGACCAGCUCACGUUCCUCGACGAUACGCUUAUUUUGGUAAUCUCUUCGGUAGGGCUCCUGUGCGUAACGGCGGCAGUCUUGUGGGUUGUCCGGCAGUCGCCAGAUUGGCAGAAGGCAGACCGUCAACCCGCAGGGGAGCAGGAUGGCGACGCGGGCUUGCUCGGCGGAAGAACGAGAGUUGUCCCUGGCGGGCGUGAAGCGGCGAAGGCGGCUCGAAAAGAGGCCAAGAAGCGAGCAAAGGCAGAGUUCAGCCGAUCUUCGGCUGUGCAAAAGCGUCAAGUGAAGAGUAAGCGCUCAGCACAGCAGCAGCAGCCGCGUUCUCACGCGGAUAGGGAGCGCACAAAGGAGGAGGAGCGGAAGGAGAGGUCUGCGGAAGCUCUGCGGCGACUGAAGAGCUACAUUCUGGAUCACCAGGUGUCAUCUUUGGGAGAUCUAGAGGUUGAACUUAGUUUGCCAUCAGAGGAGAUCGUGGAUAAAAUCGAGGAGCUGGAAGCCCGCGGUGAUUUCACGGGCAUCCUGGUCGACGACGCGCGAGGUAGCAGCAGCGGUGGCUCUUUCGUUCGGGUUGGCGAGGGCGAGAUGCGCGCUCUUGCGGCCUUCAUCAACGAGCGGGGGCGACUGACGCUUGCCGAAGUUGCCGCUGAGGCGAAUAGGGUGCUGGAUCUUUCAGAAUCACGAAUAAAAGAGACCCGAAGAAGAAUUGGUCUUGGUGAGCGGCAUUUUGAUGAGGGGAGUGGCGGGGUGGGGGGCGAACACGGUGCUUUAGACGGAGAAUCCUAA